GACAGGAGCUUUGGCCAGAGAAAAGUUCAGUAACGAAACGAAAUUCAACAUGGAAACUCGAAUCUUAUUAUUAACGACGAUAAUUUUGUAUCAUGCGAAUGUACAAGCCGUACCAAUUCAAAAUGAAUUCGCAUCACCCAUCGACUGUAAAGGCAAAGACUUUUAUUGUAUCAAUUCAAAACAAUACGUAAAUUGCCUCGAUGUCAACAAUAAUGGUCAAACUCAAAGUGUCGGCAACGAAGUGCAGUGUACUGGACCCCUAUUUUGCGACAACGCUCAACCAUUGAAAUGUUCUUCCGAAAUUGAUCCAUCUGCGUCGACAGUGCAACCAUCACCAGUACCGAGUGAAACUGCCGCACCAAUAACUGAAGCUACAAGUGCUGCUCCAGCACCAAUUACUGAAGUACCAAGUGCUGCUACAUCAGAAACUGCCGCACCAAUAACUGAAGCUACAAGUGCUGCUACAGCACCAAUUACUGAAGUACCAAGUGCUGCUCCAUCAGAAACUGCCGCACCAAUAACUGAAGCCUCAAGUGCUGCUCCAGCACCAAUUACUGAAGUACCAAGUGCUGCUCCAUCAGAAACUGCCGCACCAAUAACUGAAGUUACAAGUGCUGCUUCAUCACCCAUUACUGAAGUACCAAGUCCUGCUCCAUCAGAAACUGCCGCACCAACAACUGAAGCCUCAAGUGCUGCUCCAGCACCAAUUACUGAAGUACCAAGUGCUGCUCCAUCAGAAACUGCCGCACCAAUAACUGAAGCCUCAACUGCUGCUCCAGCACCAAUUACUGAAGUAUCAACUGCUGCUACAUCAGAAACUGCCGCACCAAUUACUGAAAUUACAAGUGUAGCUCCAGCACCCAUUACUGAAGUACCAAGUGCUGCUCCAUCAGAAACUGCCACACCAAUAACUGAAGCUACAAGUGCUGCUCCAGUACCAAUUACUGAAGUACCAAGUGCUGCUCCUUCAGAAACUGCCGCACCAAUAACUGAAGCUACUGCUGCUGCUAUAGCACCAAUUACUGAAGUACCAAGUGCUGCUCCAUCAGAAACUGCAACACCAAUAACUGAAGCUUCAAGUGCUGCUCCAGCACCAAUUACUGAAGUACCAAGUGCUGCUCCAUCAGAAACUGCAACACCAAUAACUGAAGCUUCAAGUGCUGCUCCAGCACCAAUUACUGAAGUACCAAGUGCUGCUCCAUCAGAAACUGCAACACCAAUAACUGAAGCUUCAAGUGCUGCUCCAGCACCAAUUACUGAAGUACCAAGUGCUGCUCCAUCAGAAACUGCAACACCAAUAACUGAAGCUUCAAGUGCUGCUCCAGCACUAAUUACUGAAAUACCAAGUGCUGCUACAUCAGAAACUGCCGCACCAAUUACAGAAGUACCAAGUGUUGCUCCAUCAGAAGCUGCCGCACCAAUAACUGAAGCCUCAAGUGCUGCUCCAGCACCAAUUACUGAAGUACCAAGUGCUGCUCCAUCAGAAACUGCCGCACCAAUAACUGAAGUUACAAGUGCUGCUUCAUCACACAUUACUGAAGUACCAAGUGCUGCUCCAUCAGAAACUGCCGCACCAACAACUGAAGCCUCAAGUGCUGCUCCAGCACCAAUUACUGAAGUACCAAGUGCUGCUCCAUCAGAAACUGCCGCACCAAUAACUGAAGCCUCAACUGCUGCUCCAGCACCAAUUACUGAAGUACCAAGUGCUGCUCCAUCAGAAACUGCCACACCAAUAACUGAAGCUACAAGUGCUGCUCCAGUACCAAUUACUGAAGUACCAAGUGCUGCUCCAUCAGAAACUGCAACACCAAUAACUGAAGCUUCAAGUGCUGCUCCAGCACCAAUUACUGAAGUACCAAGUGCUGCUCCAUCAGAAACUGCAAGACCAAUAACUGAAGCUUCAAGUGCUGCUCCAGCACCAAUGACUGAAGUACCAAGUGCUGCUCCAUCAGAAACUGCAACACCAAUAACUGAAGCUUCAAGUGCUGCUCCAGCACUAAUUACUGAAAUACCAAGUGCUGCUACAUCAGAAACUGCCGCACCAAUUACUGAAGUACCAAGUGUUGCUCCAUCAGAAGCUGCCGCACCAAUAACUGAAGCCUCAAGUGCUGCUCCAGCACCAAUUACUGAAGUACCAAGUGCUGCUCCAUCAGAAACUGCCGCACCAAUAACUGAAGUUACAAGUGCUGCUUCAUCACCCAUUACUGAAGUACCAAGUGCUGCUCCAUCAGAAACUGCCGCACCAAUAACUGAAGCCUCAACUGCUGCUCCAGCAUCAAUUACUGAAGUACCAAGUGCUGCUCCAUCAGAAACUCCAACACCAAUAACUGAAGCUUCAAGUGCUACUUCAGCACCAAUUACUGAAGUAUCAAGUGCUGCUCCACCAGAAACUGCCGCACCAAUAACUGAAGCUUCAAGUGCUGCUCCAGCACCAAUUACUGAAGCACCAAGUGCUCCUCCAUCAGAAACUGCCGCAGCAAUAACUGAAGCCUCAAGUGCUGCUCCAGGACCAAUUACUGAAGCACCAAGUGCUCCUCCAUCAGAAACUGCCGCACCAAUAACUGAAGCCUCAACUGCUGCUCCAGCAUCAAUUACUGAAGUACCAAGUGCUACUCCAUCAGAAACUGCAACACCAAUAACUGAAGCUUCAAGUGCUACUUCAGCACCAAUUACUGAAAUAACAAGUGCUGCUCCAUCAGAAACUGCCGCACCAACAACCGAAGCCUCAAGUGCUGCUCCAGCACCAAUUACUGAAGUACCAAGUGCUGCUCCAUCAGAAACUGCCGCACCAAUAACUGAAGCCUCAACUGCUGCUCCAGCAUCAAUAACUGAAGUACCAAGUGCUGCUCCAUCAGAAACUGCAACACCAAUAACUGAAGCUUCAAGUGCUACUUCAGCACCAAUUACUGAAGUACCAAAUGCUGCUCCAUCAGAAACUGCAGCACCAAUAACUGAAGCCUCAACUGCUGCUCCAGCAUCAAUUACUGAAGUACCAAGUGCUGCUCCAUCAGAAACUGCAACACCAAUAACUGAAGCUUCAAGUGCUACUUCAGCACCAAUUACUGAAAUAACAAGUGCUGCUCCACCAGAAACUGCCGCACCAAUAACUGAAGCCUCAAGUGUUGCUCCAUCAGAAACUGCCGCACCAAUUACUGAAGUUACAAGUGCUGCUCCAUCAGAAACUGCCGCACCAAUAACUGAAGCCUCAAGUGCUGCUCCAGGAUCAAUUACUGAAGUACCAAGUGUUCUUCCAUCAGAAACUGCCGCACCAAUAACUGAAGCCUCAAGUGCUGCUCCAGCACCAAUAACUGAAGCCUCAAGUGCUGCUCCAGCACCAAUUACUGAAAUAACAAGUGCUGCUCCAUCAGAAACUGCCGCACCAAUAACUGAAGCCUCAAGUGCUACUCCAGCACCAAUUACUGAAGUAUCAAGUGCUGCUCCACCAGAAACUGCCGCACCAAUAACUGAAGCCUCAAGUGCUGCUCCAGCACCAAUUACUGAAGUACCAAGUGCUGCUCCAUCAGAAACUGCUGCACCAAUAACUGAAGCCACAACUGCUGCUCCAGCACCAAUUACUGAAGUAGCAAGUGCUGCUCCAUCAGAAACUGCUGCACCAAUAACUGAAGCCACAACUGCUGCUCCAGCACCAAUUACUGAAGUAGCAAGUGCUGCUCCAUCGGAAACUGCUGCACCAAUAACUGAAGCCACAAGUACUGUUUCAGCACCAACUACUGAAGUAUCAAGUGCUGCUCCAAUAACUGAAGCCACAAGUGCUGCUUCAACACCAACUACUGAAGUACCAAGUGCUGCUUCAUCAGAAACUGCUGCACCAAUAUCUGAAGCCACAACUGUUGCUCCAGCACCAAUUACUGAAGUACCAAGUGCUGCUCCAUCAGAAACUGCUGCACCAAUAAGUGAAGCCACAAGUGCUGUUCCAGCACCAACUACUGAAGUACCAAGUGCUGCUCCAUCAGAAACUCCUGAACCAAUAACUGAAGCCACAACUGCUGCUCCAGUAAAUCCAACAAAUGUGCCAAGUAAGCCAAUUGAAAUUGUAUGUACGAAAUCAGGAGUAUUUCCUCAUAUUAAUGACUGCAGUAAGUAUUACCGCUGCAUAAAGGUAUUUGCGCUAGGGUUGUAUAAGUACGACUUUACUUGUCCAAUAAACUUCUUCUUUGACUCAACAUCGGGUAAAUGCACGAAAGACCAGACAGUUUGCAAGGGCAAAAAGUUCGUAUGCAGCUCGGUAGGUGUCUUCGCAGAUCCGUUUGAUUCCAGGACCUUUUACUGGUGCAUAAAGAGCUUGUUUGGUGGGUUCCAUCAAUUAACACAUGAAUGUCGCAAGCGAGAAGUUUUUAGUCCUGUCAGUAAACGCUGCGAAAAGGUAAUUGAACGUGAUGAUGACUCUGAUAGUGAAGCGAAUGAAAGCAAAGAAGGUUCCACGACGUGGCCAAAUACCGAAGGGGAUGGAGACAAUAACAGCAAAAAUGGAGAUAAAAAUGAUGACGAUGAAGACAAUACAAAGGAAACCGAAAACGAUUCAAGUGAAAGAAAUGAGUCAAAAGAAGUGAGCAAGGAUAAGUCAAAAGAGAAGGAAAAAAAGAAAGAUUUCAAAUGUACAGAAGAAGGAAGUUUCGCCGAUCCUAAGAAGGAUAACAAGUAUUACAUCUGCACCUACAAAAACAAAGAGAAAAAUAAAUUCGAAAAAGUUCAUAUGAAAUGCGAAAAGAGACAAGUGUUUGAUGAGGACGAUGGUAAAUGUGUUGAUGAAGAUUAGUACUAGAUUGAUGGAAAUGUGGCACCCAAAUAUGUUAUUGCUUAGUAUUAUUUAUAGUGGCAAAUGUAAUUUUUUCAAAAAUGUAAAAGAAAGAUUCUAUUUAACGUUUAAAUAAAUAAAUUUAGAUGCAUCAAUGCAGUUGGCCUCUAAUUUAAAUACAGCAAA